AUGGAACCAGGGGUUGAUGCCAAGGGUUGCAAAUGGUGGCCAAUGUGGGCCAAGACUGGCCACUACAGGCUGAGGGUGCCAGAGGAUAUAUAUAGAAAGGUCGAUCACUAUCCAGGCAAUGCUGUCGGGUGGAGCUCGGUGUUCCGGGUCAUCCGAUGGUGGGUUGGAGACAGACCGGAGGUGAGGCAGAGCUCUGAGGGUGAUGGGGUGUUGAAGGGACUCAGCUUCAGCAACUCAGAAUGGAGCACUGUGCCCAGUAUGUUCUCGUUGUCCCCAUUUGUCAGGGGAGCUGGCAACAGAGGAACUGAGGCCGCCAGCAGAAGGGGGCCAGAGGCCCCCCCCUCACUACUCAACGGAGGAGGCAUUAGCAAGGGUCAAUCAUUCAUCACACAAUUCAUUGGGUGUUAUACCAAGGCAUCUCUGGGAGCACCUGUUACUCAGUUCCUAGGAGUGGCAGGUGAGUGGGAUGCGAUAGACAUCCUGGAAGAGGUUUUGGAGGGCUGA